AUGCCGAGGAGCACGGAGCGUGCAAUGCUGGGGUGCUUCCCGGUCCCGGCAGUCCGGCGGCCGACGUCGCCACCGCCGUCGUAUGAGGAAGGGUCCCCGUCAGCUGGUACGGGCUCGGCGUCGACGUCGUCCCCGGCAAUCCUCGACGACGACGUCCUGUACUCCGACGACGCCGAGGCCGAGGCCGAGGCCGACGCGGGACGGCUGUCCACCGCCAUCGCCUCCCGCAGGUUCUUCCUCGCGUCCCCGGGCCGGUCCAACUCCAUCGUCGACUCGGCCGAGCACCCCCACGGCCGGCACAGUGUCUCCAACGCCCGCGCGUUGCGGCGCGCGGCCACCUCCGCCUUCCCCGCCGCCGCCAAUGCCUCCUCGCCCGCCACCAAACAGGCGCCCUUCCGCGGGCGCGGCGACGAAGACAUGCAACAGGUGCGGAAGGUCUCGGUGUCGACGGACGCGCCCCGCGCAGACUUCCUCAAGUCCAUGGUGGAGAUGGUGGGCGCGCUGGGGCUGGACCCGCGCCGCCGCGACGCCGACCUCGCCCGCCUGCACGACCUCCUGCUCUGCUACAUCGCGCUCAACGAACGCGACGCGCUCAGGGACAUCCUCGGCGCUUUCGCCGACCUCAUGUGCCUCCUCGACGGUAACUCCGCCGCUGCCACCGCCACCGCCGACGACGGAGCCACGAAGCGCGACGCCAAUGAGACGGAUCAAACGGGCGGAUAA